AUGUCAUUACAGAUCCAAGAGUUUGAUGUUCGUUCACCUUGUUCGGCAGUGGGACAUGGUGGGCUUUACCAUUCUCAGACUCCAGAGGGAUAUUUUGCGCAUACUCCUGGAUUAAAGAUUGUCAUGCCUCGAAGUCCAAUACAAGCUAAGGGACUUUUACUAACAUCUAUAAGAGAUCGAAACCCUGUUAUAUUUUUUGAACCAAAGAUAUUAUACCGCGCUGCUGUUGAACAAGUUCCAAUUGACGACUAUGAAUUACCCUUAAGCAAAGCAGAGAUCAUAAAAGCCGGUAAGGAUGUCACAGUUGUUGGAUAUGGAUCACAAAUAUAUAUUCUGGAAAAAGCUAUACAAUUGGCCGAGAAGGAUAUACCAGGUUUAUCAUGUGAAUUGAUUGAUUUAAGGACUAUUUUGCCGUGGGAUAUUGAUACGGUCGCUGAAUCUGUGAACAAAACCGGUAGGUUAAUAAUUUCUCAUGAAGCGCCUCAGACGGCAGGAUUUUCUGCUGAAGUAACAGCGAGUAUAAUGGAAAGAUGUUUUUUGAGAUUAGAGGCGCCAAUUUAUAGAGUCUGUGGAUGGGAUACGCCUUUUCCCUUGGUAUUCGAAAAAUUCUAUCUUCCUGACGCAUUAAGAUGUUUUGAUGCUAUCAAAGAGAUCAUAGAAUACUAA